ACGCCAUGACAUUCAUUCAGGCCUCAGCCUGUGGGUGGUUGUGUGUGCGUGCUAUGCCCAUUGGUUUAGUUUCGUUCGUAUUUAUAAAAACCGAUAUGUCAUUUAAGUGGAAUGAUGAAACUGUGUUGCAACUUAUUAAUUAUUUUCAAGAUAAUGAAAUUUUGUGGAAUAUUAAACAUGCAGAUCACAAGAAUAGAAGUAAAAGGACCGUCGCACUCAACAGCAUUGCGAUUUCAUUUGGCAUUGACAGAACUGAAGUAGAGAGAAAGUUAAAAAAUGUAACGUCACAUUAUUUUCGUGAAAAGAAGAAAGUUGAAGAGUCUGCAACCGCAGCCGACGGACUUAGAUACGAAUCAAAGUGGUUUGCUUACAAACCAUUGCAAUUCUUACGAGGCAAAAAUAAAUCCCAUGAAACACUAAAUAGUGAAAUUACAGGAUCACAAAAGAAAGAUGAAACGUCUUGUUCCCGAAACAAAAGAUGUAACCAUGAUGGAGACAGCGAUAUUAGUGAACUAUUAAAAGUUUUAAAAGAUAAUAUAUCAGCGACAAAGCCUGUUCGCGAUGAUGCUUCACUUUUCGGAGAUUACAUAGCAAGCAAAAUACGUAAAAUGGAUCCAACCACCACAUCGACAGUAGAACAUCUUAUUCAAAAUAUUAUUUAUCAAGCUGAGCUAGGAAAUUAUUCUCACGGAUCAUCAACUCAAGUUUCGAACUCUCCCGAAUGUUCAGGAAAGGUCGGAUUCACUACUUCUUCAACAAAUUUUGAUGACAACGACGAUAACAAUAUUUCAGAUACAAAAGAUUUUAUUAAAGAUGUUUAAUAUAAUAUACAUAACAUUUUUUAUUUUAUAUUAACAACAAAUUAUUAAAUGAAGACACACAACACUACUAAUAUACUUUUUUUGAGAAGGGAAAAUCAUGGAAGUGU